GCUCUCAUCAAGAUGAGGAGUUAAGACUGUGCCCUUCAAAGCGUAGAACUACAGCAUAUAAUCUUUUUUGCUCGCAUAUGCUGAACUCAGAGGAAUGCAAGCUGCUGAGCUCUAAUUCUGAGAAGUUGAAGUUAGCUGUAGACCACUGGAACUUGUUAGGGGCAGAGGAACGUGUGAUUUGGGCAGAAAGAGCAAAGGCUGUUCAAAGCAAUGACAUUCAUGACCUGACAGUUAAGCAGCGCACAAACCAAGUGAAAAAAGGGAAAAAGCAGCUUUUGUCACAGCUUACUUACUUAGAAAGUCUUGGUUGUGAAGCAGUUGUUUUAUUCUUGGAGCCUGGUGAUUCUUGUCUUCAACAGUUUGGAACAGAAAAGGAAUCAACUUUUGAAUAA